AUGAAGAUGAUUUCAUUUUCUUUUUCGUUCAUUGUAGUGAUUCCCAAUAUUCCAAACAAUGCCCGAUGGGCAAAAAAUGGAAUUACUGUAGCUAGUGUAGGCCAUGAACUGGACGAUAUCGACUAUCAAUUCGGUUCCGCUUUCGGUCUGUCUGUGGAUGAUGAUCAAACUUUGGUCAUCGCUGAUACUUACCAUGAUCGCAUUGUUCAAUGGAAAGUGGAUGAUGUCAAAGGAAAAGUGGUAGCUGGUGGCCGGGGCUCAGGAGAUCGAUUGGAUCAAUUGUGUGCUCCAACCAAUGUCUUGAUCGAUAGAGAGACUAGUAGUCUCAUUAUCAGUGAUGAAGGAAAUCGACGUGUCCUACGUUGGUCUCGUCGUAGUGGUACAACUCAAGGAGAAAUUCUUCUCAAAGAUAUCCGUUGUUCAACAUUGGCCAUAGAUGAUCAAAGAUAUCUCUACAUCGCUGACACCGACAAAAAUGAAGUAAGACGAUAUCGAAUAGGAGACAAAAAUGGAAUUGUCGUGGCGGGUGGCUAUGUCAAAGGUUUUGGUAUUCAUCAAUUGGGUCAUGUGGCUUACAUCUUUGUCGAUCAAAACCAGGCUGUCUACUUGUCGGAUGACGAAAAUCAUUGUGUAAUUAAAUGGAAUAAAGAUGCAACAGAAGGCAUCGUCGUUGCUGGCCGUCAAGACAAAGAAGAUCCUUCGGCACAAUUGUCGAGUCCUCAAGGACUGUUUGUCGAUACAUUGGGUACCAUCUAUGUAGCAGAUAUGGGCAAUGCUCGAGUGAUGCGUUGGUCUAAAGGAGCCAAACAAGGUACUGUCAUUGCGGGUGGCUAUGGUGAAGGAGAAGAAGCACAUCAGUUACGUGAGCCAACGAGCACAUUUCUUGGACAGCGUUUUAUGAAAGUUAAUGAUUAUGGUGUAAUUUUAAUCUACGAUAAACAAGGUACUAUUGCCGGUGUGCAAAUGGGAAUUCCUGCAUCAAUGAUUACUGACAAGUAUUACAAGUAUUCAAUCCAGAAAAUGUUUACUCGAGAUACAAUUGUCGGCAUUGAUAUUUACGUUCUCACUGCAUAUUUUGUUGAUCCACGCACCAUUUGUCAAUCAGGUCGGGAUGCAUCUCAUCUCAAACAUGAAGGUACAGGAACUGGACUAUGGCUACAAAAUGGCAGCAAUCCAAUUCGUGAUUCAAUUGAAAUGCCAUUAUAUGAAAAUAUGGUGAACAAUACAAAAUGGAUCAAAGGUACAUGUUUGCCAACGAUGGGUAUGUUUGAUAAUAGAAAAAGUGCUUCACCAAGUCUACAAACAGCUUUGAUUAACAUUUUCUUUUAUUAUGUUUGGACUUUAAAAUCACGUUAUGAAUAUUUUGUCCGACGAAAUAUUCCUGGUCCACGACCUAAGUUUUUCUUUGGUCAUUAUUUGAGUAUGUGGAGUACACCUUCCUUUGAUAGUCAAAUUCAAAAAUGGACUCAACAAUAUGGUCCUAUUUAUGGAAUUUUCGAAGGAACGUGUCCAACAUAUGUCGUAUCAGAUGUUAAUUUCUUACAAGAAGUAUUUAUCAAACAAUUUUCAAUGUUUCAUUCACGUCAUAAUAACAUUUUGGUUCGGAUGCUUAAAAGUAAUGCAGCUAGUUUAUUUUCUUCACAUGCUAAUCAAUGGCGACGUCAACGACAUAUUAUUAAUCCAACAUUUACAACAGCUAAAUUGAAAAUGAUGACACCACUUAUGAAUAAAUGUAUUCGAUCAAUAAUGAAAAAAAUAGAUGAAAAUAAUGAUAAUGAAUUUAAUAUAUUUCUUUUAUAUAAACGAUUGACUAUGGAUGUUAUUUGGCAUUGUGCAUUUGGUAUUGAUACUGAUCUACAAAAUGAUAUUGAUAAUAUGUAUAUGAAAAAAUCACUAGCCUGUUUUGCUCAUGAUCCAGAAAAAAUGUUCAUUGUGAGAUUAUGUAAAUUAAUGCCAUUUCUUAUUCCAUUAUCAAUUAAAAUUAUGAAUAGUUCUGUUGUAAUCAUAAACUUUCUACGUAUAUUAAUGCCAUCAAUGAUGCGUAAUGUUGAAGGUCUUCCUCAAUUAUGGAUUUUUAAACAAAUUGAAAAUGUUGUCAAACAAAGACAAACAUCUCAAAAUAAAAGAAUAGAUUUACUUCAAUUAAUGUUAGAUGCAUCUACACAAGAAGAAAUUAAAGAUGAUAAAAAUAAUGAAUUAAUGUCAAAAAAUCUGCAUUAUAAAGAAAUAUUAAUGAAUGCAGUAUUAUUUUUAAAUGCUGGUUUUGAAACAACAUCACUUAAUCUUGCUUAUUCAACAUAUCAAUUAGCUAUACAUCCAAAUAUUCAAACUAAACUACAAACAGAAAUUGAUGAACAUUGGAAAGACGAAGAAGAAAUUGAUUAUGAUAUAAUUAAUGAUAUGAAAUAUUUGGAUAUGUUUAUACGAGAAGUUCUUCGAAUACAUGCUGUUACACAUAGAGUUUUUAGUCGAGAAUGUUCUCAAUCAACAAUUAUUUCUGGACAUUACAUUGAAAAAGGUAGUGUUAUUCAAGCGGAUACAUAUUCAAUUCAUCAUAAUAUUGAUUUAUGGGGACCUGAAGAUCCAAAAGAAUUUAUUCCUGAACGUCAUAUGAUAAAACGACAUCCACUAGCUUAUAUGCCAUUUGGUAUUGGACCACGAAAUUGUGUUGGAAUGAAAUUUGCAUUAAUGGAAUUAAAAAUUGCUUUAGCAAAUAUAUUACAUAGAUAUACAAUUUUACCUGGUGAGAAACUUGAACAAGGAAUGAAAAGACAAGAAACUACAACUUUAUCACCAGAAGCUAUUUACAUACGAAUUGAAAAACGAUCAAACUAA